UUCCCUCCUCGGUCCGCACAGUUUCAAACUGUUUUGUGAUAUUCCGAAAGUUUAGCGGAAAAAAGUGAGAUAAACGAAAUAACCGCGAAUACUUUGCCAACAAAACAUAUCUUGUUCCGUUACGCCAAGGGUGGUUUUAUCCUUAAACUCGCGUUUCACUAUGGAGGAGGUGACCCGGUUGGUGUCGUCAGGCGACUGCCUGAAAAUCUGGGACUCGGCCUCCAUGACUGUGGUGGAGCAGUUCAAUCCCCAUAGUGCCACUCACCCUCUGGCGCAAGUGUGCUGGAGCAGCAGCAAUCAGUAUAUUGUCAGUGCCAGCAGUAUAGGAGACAAGCUAGUUGUAACUAGCUUGAAGUCCUCACCAGUCCCAGUGAUGGAGCUUGCAGAAGGGAAAAAACAGACACGAGUGGCACUAAACUCAACAUCACAGUUUCUAGUCAGCGGAGGACUGGAUAACACUGUUAACAUCUGGGACCUGAAGACAAAGAGAUUACAUCGUAGCCUUAAGGACCAUAAGGAGGAAGUGACAUGUGUAUCCUUCAAUGGUGGCGAUAGCUACAUAGCAUCUGGUUCCACCAGCGGAGACAUCAUCCUCCACAGCAUUACCACCAAUCUCUCCAGCAAACCCUUUGGCCACGGGCCCAAUGAGCCUGUCCAUGACCUGAGGUACUCGCUGAUAAAGCGAUCUUUGUUGGGAAGUGUAUCAGACAGUGGUUCUGUGGUGCUGUGGGAUGUGAACACACAAAAGGAACUGCACACGUUUGAAGGUGCACACAAAGCUCCUGCAUCAGGACUGUGCUUCUCCCCAGCCAAUGACUUGCUCUUCAUCACAGUGGGGUUGGAUAAGAAGAUGGUCUGCUAUGACACUUCCAGCAAAAUUAUUUUCCGCAGUAAGCAAGUUGAGUCCCCCCUCACUGCAGUAGACUUUACACCGGAUGGUGCAGGUUUGGUAGUGGGUUCCACUCAGGGCCGGAUCUACCUGUAUGACCUGCGUAAUUUGAGUGCGCCUGUCAAAACCACCACAGCGCACAAGACAUCAGUCACCUGCAUCCGCUUCCAGCACUCCAACAGCAGGCUCAAGACCAGUAAAACGUUGUCCAGCAAGACGUCCUCAUCGCAAGCUAACAAGAGAAUCUCUACGAAGCUGGGUCAAAAUCAGCAGAGUGGUCCUCCGACACCCACCUCUACUGUCCCCUCUGGCUUGCCUGUGUCCGAACACCAGCCAGGAGACCGAGGAGAUGGACAGGCACAGAACACAGGAAGUGGUGGAGGUGGUGACAUGCCAUCCAGGGAGGCUGAGGGCCAGCACAGUCUGGACAAGUUCAGCGGUGUGGGCCGAAACAGCCUGAGCCUGGACAUUUUUUCACCUGUUGCUGAUGGUUUCAAAACACAUGCUUUCAGUAGUGAUACUCCAACAUCAAGAAACGGAGGCGCCAUCAGUGCUGAUGUGUUCUUUCGAGAAACCGAAGGGCAGCACAGUUCAGACAAGUACAAGGUUGGCCGGAACAGCCUGGACAUUUUCUCUCCUGUCCGAGAUGAUUACAAAGGUCAUAGAUUCAGUGAUGCUUCAAGUGGAAAGAAAGAGUUAGAUUUUUUGCCUCAGUACCAUGGCUCAGCUCAGCGCAAGAAUCCACUGGGCACGCCUGGUAGUCGCUGCUACAGUCCACUUUCUGCUGUCCAGACGCCCCCUGCAAUCAAAGAGGAGGAGCCUGUGACAUCGUCUGUACAUACAGACACACAGAACAAUGUGGAGAAGAAUAAUGGUCCCCACCAGGACAUUAUGACCACGCCCCCUGCAUCUCAGAGUACACGCACUCAAUCAGUGCCUCCAUUCAACACCCCUGAACACAGUCAGAGGAAAGAUGUGCCAACCCAGCUCACCUAUGAAUCGCCAGUGAGUAGCAGCCAGCCUGUACCAGCACCAGAAGCAGCAGCUGCAUCUGGUGCCGGAAGUAGUGGAGCACCACUGACCUCGGUCCAGAUGAAUUUUAUACGCAACAUGAUCCAUGAAGCAUUAGAGGAAUUCAGGGAUACAUGCCAUAGAGACAUUAUAAAUCUCCAGGUGGAAAUGGUGAGGCAGUUCUACAUUCAGUUGAAUGAAAUCCAUGGCCUCAUUGAGAAAUAUUCAGUGAAUGAUUCUCUCGUGGAAGAGAUCGAGAAGCUGAGGGAGGAAAACAGACGACUUCGAGCAAAUUACUAAGAAGCACUUUGCUACUCUUUAGACAUGGUAAACAUCACACUGGGCUCGGUGCAGGGGUUAGGCCCGAAGCCUGUAGUGGCACUACAGCACUGUUCUGGGCAAGGAAGCAAUGGGAGAAUGUCGUACAUCCCAGCUGAUGUCUGAAGUAUGCACUCAUUCUCUCAGGACCAUGGUGCAUAUACUGUUUUGUACAUCAUACAAGUGCGCAUUUUAUUAGGCUACAGAAGGUCUUUUCCACCAUUACUGUGCCUUCGGAUACAGAAUACGCUUGAGCUUUCCUUGCCAUACUCUGCAUUUUUGCAUACUUUUAUAAUAGACUGUUUAUAGUAAGUCAUUGAUAUUAAUGUGUGAAUGUUGUGUGGUGACAAAAUUUGAAAUGGGGAUUUUUUACCCCUCAUUUUGCUGUGUGAGUGUGCUCCAGGUUGUAUAUUUGUAAUUUGUUGUAAGCCUGUGGCCAAAAAUCAGUGAACUUCGGUUAUUUGGCACAUCCAAAGGUGGGAUGCAGACACAAACGUGAAGUACUUGUGAACACCAGCUAGUUUCAUAUAAACAAGACAUUCAAGUGACUUGUUAUUAAAAAAGUAAAUAAAUAAACUACACUGCUUAUAUUUGUA